UUUUCGGAGACUUUUCCACUGCGUAUAAAAGAGAUGAGCGCCGCGAUCCUCAUCUUCUCAGUUCGCGUUUCGGCAGGUGGAUGUAAACUGAGCAUCUGCGACUUUUCUCUCUUUUUUGGAUUAUUUUAAUGAGCAUUGCGGAAGGGAACAGUUGUCCGCCUUUGCAGCUCUAUUCGUUUCGGCAGUUUUCGCAGUUUUUUACUACCCGCACGCUGACUUUUUUCAGACAUUAUAUUUUAUUACCAGUCGGACUUUGCGUUCCACCCCCCCCCUCCGCCCCCAUCAUCCGUCGCGUCCAUGGCGAACGGCUGCCUGCGCUUGUGCGCCUUCGUGGUCGGCUGCGUGGGCUGGAUCGGCCUCCUCAUCGCCACGGCCACCAACGACUGGGUGUUCACCUGUAAGUACGGCAUGAACACGUGCAUCAAGAUGGACGAGCUGGGCGCCAAGGGCCUGUGGACCGAGUGUGUCAUCUCCACGGCGCUCUACCACUGCAUCUCCUUCACCCAGAUCCUCGAGCUGCCCGCAUACAUGCAGACGUCUCGCACCCUGAUGGUGAUCGGGUCCAUCCUUGGACUGCCUGCGCUGGCCCUUGUGCUUCUCUCCUUGCCCUGUAUCAACCUGGGCAAUGAGUCUGAAAGUGGUAAGAACAAGCAGUCGGUACUUGGAGGAGUCCUGCUUCUGAUAAUGGCGAUAUGUGGUAUUGUGUCGACCGUGUGGUUUCCCAUCGGGGCUCACUACGAACUGGGUCUCAUGUCCUUCGGCUUCUCGCUCUAUGCCGGCUGGGUGGGCUCAGCCUUCUGCCUCCUGGGUGGAUGCAUGACCAGCUGCUGCUCCAGCGACCCCCCAGCCCAAUACGCGGAGAACCGCUUCUACUACUCCAAACAGGGGACUGUCAACACAGCCCCCGCUUCUGCCAAUCACGCCAAGAGCGCUCACGUGUGAGGGACUGAGUUUCGGCCUUCACAGAGACCGCGCCUCUCUCACGCACGCACACGCGGAUACACAGUGCGGCAGUACCGCAUACGUCCAUACCCACAGACACAACUCCCCCCACACAUGUGCUCAAGGUCACUCAAUACAAUCCUGUGGAACACAAAGUAUUGUGUCCGAACCGGUGUUUCAGGUAGGAAGAAGUGGCCGUCAACAGACAGUUUCAAAAACGAACCUUGCAGGAGAAGAUGGCCAACAGCUGGCGAGCGCUCCGUCCAACCUCUGGCUCCUGGUCCGAGUAUGGGCCCGAGGUGCACCGGGGACUCGUUUGAAGGAGACUCAUGGUCUCCUUUUGUACCCAUCUCCCACUGUUGUACUAUAGUUUUUUGAAUACUCUUUUUAAAAUUUCCAAACAACACAUUUGUUUGCUUUUUGUUUUAAAAUACUGUAUAUUUUUGUCGAUGUAUAAGAUAAAAAAUAAUUAAUUUUUAGCUGCAAAUGACAAAAUUACGUGCACAGACAGAUACAGCGAUAAAUGGAAGGUGGCACGUGGUUGUUGCUGUCAGUAAAGAGAGAAGUAAGAGGUGCAGGUUAGAGAAAUUCCAAUCAUAAAAGUCAAGUAAAACUGUUCAGUAAUGUUUUGUAAAAAUGUUCAGUGAUUAAAAACAUGUUUUGAGACAGGUGAAUUGUGCGCAAGUUUUACUUUGCUUCUUUAUUAAUGGAACCUGGGCUGAAGCACCAUGUUUCUUGCUCAGGGUCGGGGUGUGGCCAGCUAUGCCAUCCAAUACGUUUUAAUUUUUCGAAGGUGUGUGCUGAAACUUCACGAAGGCGCUCCUUACACAUACAAACACACCGCUCCUUGUUAAAGUUGUCUUCUAACUGCAGUCAAAAAAAUAGUAUUGUCUCUUAUUUAUUACUCAAAAGCUUGAUUCUGUUACAUGCUGUUUUUUUCUGAUUUAUUAAAAGUGUUUUUCACAAAAACAGA